AUGAGGUGCGACGAGCCGGCCUCGACCAUGGAAGAGAGCGGCGGGCCGGACGGGGCCGCGGGCCGCCUGGGGGCACCGUACUCCGAGGCGUGGGGGUACUUCCACCUGGCGCCGGCGCGCCCGGGCCACGCGUCGGGCCCCCGGGCCACCUGCCGGCUGUGCGGGGAACAGGUGGGCCGCGGCCCGGGCUGGCACGCGGGCACCCCGGCGCUGUGGAAACACCUGAAGAGCGCGCACCGGCGGGAGCUGGAGGAGAGCGCCGCCCGCCGCUCGCCGCCCGCCGCCCCCGGCCCCGCCGCGGCCGCGGAGGGCGACUGGGCGCGCCUGCUGGAGCAGAUGGGCGCGCUGGCCGUGCGCGGGAGCCUGCGGGAGCGCGAGCUGGCGCGGCGCGAGGCGGCCCUAGAGCAGGGCGAGCGCGCCCUGGAGCGGAGGCGGCGGGCGCUGCAGGAGGAGGAGCGCGCGGCGGCCCAGGCGCGCCGGGAACUGCAGGCCGAGAGGGAGGCGCUGCAGGCGCGGCUGCGGGAAGUGAGCCGGCGCGAGGGCGCCUUGGCCUUGGCGUCGGCUGGGCUUUGCGCUCCGCUCAAAGAGGAGCCUGAGGGGGACAGGGACGGCUACGUCAUCACGAAGGUCCUCCUGUAGGUUUUGGCCACUCCAUCCCCACUAGGCCAGCCUACUCCAAGUGUGGUCCGCGGACCCGCGAGCGGGAUCUCAGGCUCAUUGCCGCCCUGUCGAAUGGAGAUCACCAAAUGCGGGGCUUUGAGAAGCACUCUGGAAGCCAGAGCAGAACCCAAAAUCACUAACUCCUUGUGGUGCUCUGGGGUGCCUGGGAGUGCAGCUCCAGCGGUCUUUGCUGGUGGCCUUCAGUGACAUCCGUGCAGGGCGUGGUUUUCCUCUGACUGCCUUUGGAAUGAGAGCUGCAACAGCCCCGUGAACCUAGAUCACCCGGAGCCAUGUCCACUUUGUACCUAGUGACUUUGAAAGGACAGAAGUUUCCUUACACACCAAAGACCAUCACACUGUGUGCCUUUACACCAGCCAGGGCAACCCAGGGCGGAGGGUGCACGGAAAUGAGGAUAAAUCAUUUUUACCCAAGAAGAGUGUACUCAUUACUUUAGUAAAUCUUUGAUGAGUAGUCUUUGCCUAGCAUCAAGUUCUGAACAGUAGGCUGUUGAGGUUCCAUGACUGGUCACUACCCUGUCAUUUCUUGUGCCUUAUAAAGGCAGUCCCGGAGAACACCUUUUUACUCCCCUCCCCAGCUUGCCUGGCAGUACCAAGUGCACCCUAUCUUGCCUCCGCCAUCUUUCCCGUUUCAGACCCAGUGGCAACUGUGGUAAAUUUCCCUGCUUAUCUGCCUUACUCCUUCUGUCACCUUAUUAGCAAGACAUGACCUCAUCCCUCCUUGUUAGGGAGAAGCUUCCUUCCCAGCAUCUCCACAGUCCUUGUUCCCAGGCCAAAGGAGAAGGCAUCCGUCCCAUCGGAGGCCACUUCUCUCUCCUGUUUUCCUCUUCCACCUUUAUUGGGCCUUUUCCUGUCUCCUCCUCUCCCUUUCUUCAGACUCUUCCUCUUAGCAAUAGCCUAGUCUCCCUUGUACUGAAAAGAAAGACUUCCCCAGCCUGGAUGCUCCCAACUGAAUACCACCCAAACAAGGAGUGUGGAGCAGUCCUUGCUGCCUGUACUUCCUCCGCAUCCCUUACUCCUUCACUCGUGGUCAGCUUUCCAUGCUACACUGGACCCUUAAGAAGCCAUUACAGUCUCCCAGCGGCUGCAUAUGAUGAUUUCUUUUCAGCCUUCACUUUGCUUAUUCUCUCCCUUCUUGAAAUUUCUCCUUUGGUAGAUGGAACUUGCCUUUCGUCCAGAGAAUUCCUUUUCCUGAUGUAGAUGGGUUCCCAAAUAAUUUUUCUUCAGGUCUCUUUUUUCCUUAUUUUUCUGAGAAUUUGAAAAUUUUCAAGAAUCCAGAAAAAGUUGGAGAGCUAAUACAAUGAAUACCCACAUAUAUCCUCCACUUAAGCAGCUGAUAACAUUUUGCCAUAUUUAUUUUUCUUCCAUCCACCCCAAACAGGCAUGGCAUUUCCUCUCUAAAUAUUUCAGCAUGUUUAUCCCAACAGCCUCUAACAUAGAGUCCUUAAUCAAAAUUCCCUAAUUGUCCCAAGAGUGUCUUUUUAUCUUUUCUAAAAAACAGGAACCAGUAAUGCAUGAAACAGGAUUCAUACCUUACUUUUGAUUGUAAUGCGAGUUUCUCUUAGUCUAGAAUAGCCCCCUUAUUAUUUUUUUCCAUGACACUUUUGAGAGAGUCCCAGACAUCUGUUAUAUAGACUGUCCUGUAUUCUGGAUUUAUCUAAUUGUUUCCUUUGGCCAAUUUAUGUACUCAUUCUUGACUCAUCUACCUGCAGAGCUACAAUUACCUCUGUGCCAGCGACUCCUGAUUACCUUCAGCCUGAGUGUUCUUCCCAGUCUGUCCAUGUCCAAUCCCCUGUAGCACGUCUCCCCCUCUACUUACGUAUCCUGCCACUGCAGAUGGGAGGGGUAAAUCUAUUCAAUUCUGCAGCCCCAGCCCUCAUCCAAUAACUAAAAAUUACUGGGCUCUUAAAAUGUAUCAGGUACAUCUAAAUGUAUUAUUUCACUUUAUUUCCUUAGCAGUUCCUUGUGGGGUAUUAAUACUAUUCCCAUUUCACAGCUCAGGAAACCGAGAGAAGGGUUAGGUAGCUUGUACAAGAUUACGGUUGUAAAUAGUAGAGUUGGGAUCCAAAUCCAGUCUCGACCUCCAAAUGCCAUGCUCCUAGCUGCUGUACGGUCUCUCUUGUUACUCAGUCACCGAGCUGACACCUGUUUUCUUUCUAGCUCCAACUCCAGGUAAUACCAUCCAUGACAUUAAUAUGUACUGAGCAUUCACCGUGCCAGAGCUGUGCUGAAAGACGCUUUACAAGAAUAACUGCCUACCAUGUGGCAAACCCUUAAUUACUCUUAUGCACAUUUUGUAGAGGAAGAGACAGGCUCAGGGGAGCUAAGUAAUGUCAAGGCAGGGUGGGACUUUAACACCAGUCUCGUUGAAUCCUAGGCUACUGCGUCUAUUUUUACAAAUUAUCACACCUGUCUUUUUCUGAUGCCACCUGCCAAGCUCAGGCCCCAUUUAUCAUUCACCUGGGAUUCAUCUUCCCAUCCUUGUCUUCCCAUACUGUCCCCCACCUGACACUCAACUUGGCCAAAGGAACAGUCCUAGGCCGACAAUGAUUAUAUUCCCUGCUCAAAUGACCCACAAUCACCCAUCAUCUACUGGCUUUGACCUUGUGGCCUCACAUCCAAGUCUUCUUCACCUCCAGGCCAGUUUUAUUUGUCCCUCCCCUACACAUGCUGUAUGCAAAAUGGUCUCCUUGUCCUUCUGACGUGUCCUGAUCUUGGCACCCUUGUGCCUCUGUUGCCUUUCCUCUACUUAAAAAGCCCCUUCAAUCUCUGAAUAUGAAAAAUCCCAUCCAUUUUCAAAGACCAAGCUUAAAUUCAACUUGGCUGCAUGAAGCUUUCCUGGAUUCCUCACCAUUCAGAGAUGACUUUACUUCUCUGGACUCUCGUAGGAUUUUGUAAUGUCAAAACCCUUAAAAAGGCCAUCUAGCAUGUGACUCUGGGGUCUUACCUCCUGCCAAACACUGAGCCCUUGAGAGCAGGGAUGGAGUUCACUCAUCCUUCUACUCACACAAUGCCUUGCCUGUAACAGUUGCUCAGUAACUAUUUGAGGCAUUGAACCCACUCAAAGUUUUAAAGAUUUUUGAGUUUCCCCAAAUUACUAAUGUAAUUAUUCAUUUAUCUUUAAUUAUCUGAGUAGAAUUCCUAAGAGAAAAAAACAGCCCGAAAAUAGCAGUAAUAAUUUUUAAAAGCCAUUUAGUCAAUAAAGAUUUAAUAAGUUUCAGUUACUAGGCAGACUGGUUUGAAUCCAAUCACCUAGCAUGUCAUUAUCAAGAAUGCUUUUCUUAAAAUUACUUUUUUCAUUACACAAGUAACACACAUGCAAUGCCCCAAUCUAGGAAGAACAGCCGAAAAAUACAAUCCCCCAAAGUUCUGCCGCCUUAGUAAGACUGCUAUUAACAUUUUAAUGUAUUUUAUUCUUUUGUCCCUUGCAAUAUUUAUAUUACCCUAUAUAACACUACAAGGUAUUUCUAUUAAGUAUUGGAAUUUAACUUCUUCAUGUGGAUUUGUAAGUUGGGCUGUAAGACCUGAAUCUGGACUUUUUGGAAGGAAACAAAAAACUACUGAUGCUACCCUUCAUUUUCACCAGUUGUUAGAACCAUUAAAAUAAGCAAAGAUUUGAUUUUUACAGUCUUAACCGCCCCCUCAAGAAAGAUGGCUAACAUAGCUUGGUCAGGGUAUGGGGAAACCAAUUAGCCUGACUGAUGACUUAGCGCUGGUUGUGGAAGUUUCACACUUUUUACACUUUUGUAUUGUAAUUUUUUUUAUAUCAAACAUAAACUACUCUUAAAAUAAAAAAUAAAGUUACUUACAUUUUGCAAAUGAAAAAUCCUAUCAGCAUUCAACUUCCUUAUUUAAAAUAAACAAAACCUCCAACACAAAAACUGGUACAAUCUGCAAUUCCAGAAAAGCCUAGAAAGAAAUGUCAGCCCUUGUCCUGUCCACCUCCAUCAUCUGACAGGAGAAAAAUGAGCCUGAGUGCCUUGUUCGGUAUGGGGAGAUAGUAGCUAUGAUGGCUUACCUGGCUCCAGCCUCCUCAUCAGAUACUCUGCCUCUUUGGCCUUGAGGGCUUCUGCCCGCUCACCUGGCAAAGCACAAGGGCCAUUAGGACCAACUGGCUUAGCUGGCAACCUGUCAGCUAAGCACUGGGAUUUGAGUGCGCAGAGGUGGGCUCCGGGGCCUGCAUCGGUCUCUCUUGCUAUGGCACAGUCUGCUUAUAAUGAGAGUUGUCACUGCUAAUGGGUGAUGGUGACAUGCCUUGCGUACACUGGCAGAGCUUCCCUGAUGUAUGAGACUAGGCUUGCUAAUAGCCCCACCAGGAUGCUGCUUUUGAGAGCAAUGCACACAGUGGCAAGGUAGAUGGCUGGCAAUGGGAUGCAGAAUGCCCUGAACCCAGCUCCUGAACGCCUGCCAUGAUGUAAAGUGAUCAGUUACUUUUUUGGGUUGAAACGUGGCAGGGAGGAGGGGAGGGGACAAAAUGGAAUAAUGACAACCAAGAGCUCGGGUCCUUUAUGCACUUAAGUUGUCAUCCUUAGAGGCUGGAGAAACGAUGGGCUUGGCUUGCUGUGAGCUGACUUUCUUCUUUAAAUAGCUGCCCAUGUCCUUCACGUCUUGGAAGGGAUUCAUAAAAACUGGGCUUUUGUUUUGGUGCCAUACACUCAUUAGGGAAUUCUUUCUAAAGAUUGGAUCUUCCUACCUUUCCACAACCUAAGUCUGCUCCUUUGUCUGGAAAAAGGAUGAGGUGCUCAUUAAUGUCCUCUUCGGCUCUAACGUGCUACGAUCACAUAAAAUACAGUGAAACAUCCAUUAUCGUUUGAGUUAAUCCGUUGCUCUGUUCAGAUUUUCUUGCUAACUGCAGGUUGAGAUGUUGAAAGUCACAUAUGCAUGCUUAUUAUUAAAAAUAAUAGUAGUCUACAGAGCUACAGUAAUCAAAACAGCAUGGUACUGGCAUAAAAACAGACACAUGGAUCAACGGAACAGAACAGAGAGCCCAGAAAUAAACCCACAGACCUACAGUCAAUUAAUCUUCAACAAAGGAGGCAGGAAUAUACAAUGGAGAAAAGACAGUCUCUUCAGCAAGUGGUCUUAGGAAAACUGGAUAGCAGCAUGUAAAUCAAUGAAGCUAGAACACUCCUUUACUCCAUACACAAAAAAUAAACUCCAAAUGGCUUAAAGACUUAUAAAAUAUAAGACAAGACAUGAUAAAUCUCAUCGAAGAAAACAUAGGCAAAACAUUCUCUGUCAUAAAUCUUAGCCACGUUCUCCUAGGGCAGUCUACCCAGGCAAUAGAAAUAAGAGCAAAAAUAAACAAAUGAGACCUAAUUAAACUUACAAGCUUUUGCACAGCAAAAGAAACCAUAAGCAAAACAAAACGACAACCUGCGGAAUGGGAAAAAAUAUUUGCCAGUGAUGCGACUGACAAAGGCUUAACUUCCAGAAUAUAUAAAUACCUCAUACAACUUAAUAAGAAAAAAACAAAUACCCAAUCAGAAGACCUAAACAAGCAAUUCUCCAAUGAAGACAUACAAAUGGCCAAUAGGUACAUGAAAAAAUGCUCAAUAUCACUAAUUAUUGAGAAAUGCAAAUCAAAACUAUAAUGAGGUAUCAUCUCACACCAGUCAGAAUGGCCAUCAUUCAAAAGUCUACAAGUGAUAAAUGCUGGAGAGGAUGUGGAGAAAAGGGAACCCUUCUACACUCUGGUGGGAAUGCAGCUGGUGCAGCCAUUAUGGAAAACAAUAUGGAGAUUCCACAAAAAAAUAAAAAUAGACUUACCAUAUGAUCCCACUUCUGGGUAUUUAUCUGGAGGGAAUUCUAACUCGAAAAGAAAUAUGCCCCCCAAUGUUUAUAACAGUCCUAUAUACAAUAGCCAAGACAUGGAUACAACCUAAAUGUCCACCAACAGAUGACUGGAUAAAGAAGUUGUGGUAUAUUUAUACAAAGGAAUACUACUCAGCUAUAAAAAAGAACAAAAUAAUGCCAUUUGCAGCAAUAUGGAUGGACCCGGAGAUCAUUAUUCUAAGUGAAGUAAACCAGAAAGAGAAAGAAAAAUACCAUAUGAUAUCACUUAUAUGUGGAGUCUAAAAAAAAAAAGACA